AGAGCUCAGGACAUUUCAGCACCGAGCUCAGUGUGGAGGGAGAGCUGAGUGAGGAGGGACGUUGCUGCUCGGCCCAAGUGGAUAAAAGCCAAGAUGUUCUUCCUUCUCGAAAAACCCCCCUUCUAAAACGGUUCUUUUUUCAAGCUGGGAACAUAAGAUGGAUCAUUUAGAGAAGGAGCACAGGUCGGACGAGGAGGCUGAAUAUGAAGAGGAGGAGGUGGACCCCAGAAUCCAGGGGGAGCUGGAGAAACUCAACCAGUCCACAGACGACAUCAACAGAUGUGAGACGGAGCUGGAGGACGCAAGGCAGAAGUUUCGCUCGGUUCUGGUUGAGGCCACGGUGAAGCUGGACGAACUGGUGAAGAAGAUCGGCAAGGCUGUGGAGGAGUCCAAGCCUUACUGGGAGGCCCGAAGGUUGGCCAGACAGGCCCAGCUGGAGGCCCAGAAGGCCACCCAGGACUUCCAGAGAGCCACAGAGGUCCUCCGGGCUGCGAAGGAGACCAUCUCCCUGGCUGAGCAGAGGCUCCUGGAGGAGGACAACCGGCAGUUCGACUCCGCCUGGCAGGAGAUGCUGAACCACGCCACCCAGCGGGUGAUGGAGGCGGAGCACACAAAAACGAAAAGUGAACUGGUGCACAAGGAGACGGCGGCCAAAUAUACAGCAGCAAACAGCCGCAUGAAGCAGCUGGAGAAAAAACUGAAACGCACCAUCAACAAGUCCAAGCCCUACUUUGAGAUGAAGGCGAAGUACUAUCUGCAGCUGGAGAACCUGAAGAAAAUCGUGGACGAGCGGCAGGCCAAGCUGUCUCAAGCCAAAGGGGAUUAUAAGACGGCCCUUAGGAACCUGGAGAUGAUCUCGGACGAGAUCCAUGAGCGCAGACGGAGCUCUGCCAUGGGCCCCCGGGGGCGCGGCGUGGGCGCAGAGGGUGAUAGUGUUUCUGGGGACGACAUCUCCAGCUUUAAGUUGGAGUCGGACGAAAUAUCCAUGGCGUCCGUGUGUUUCGACGACGAGCCUUGUGGCGGCGGCAGCAGCGUCAUGUCAGAGGAAGACUCAGAGACUCACUCCACCUGCAGCCUUGGUUCGUCUCCCAGCAGCCCUCAGGAGCUCCUGUCGCCUUGCCCCUUCACCAGCUCCUCCUCCUCCUCCUGCACGUCCUCCUCUGCCUCUCCGUCACCGACUCCCUCCUCCUCCUCCUCCCCGGCUCCUCUGUCCAGGCCCAGCAGUCUGGACCUUCCCAGCACCGUGUCGCUGUCAGACUUCGGCCUCAUCUCGCCGGUGCUCGGGCCUCGCAGCGAAUGCAGCGGAGCUUCCUCACCAGAGUGCGACCUGGAGAGAGGUGACCGUGCAGAAGGUGCAGAGGGGGAUCUUGACAACGCUCCAGCCGCCACCACCACCACGACCACCACCAACAACAACAGCAGCUCCACUUCCAGCACCAAGAAGAGCUUCAGCCUGGAAGCACGCUUCAGCUUUCUGAACCUGCGCCGCCCGCGUCCUGAAACCGCCAAAAACACAGGCUGCUCCCAGAAGGCGGAGGCCGGGCAGACUGUGGUCUUGGUCAAAGGAGUUUGAGGACCAAAAAGAGAAUUUGUUGGAGAGACUUUGGCUCUGCCUUGACCCAUCCUCACCCAGCCUCUCUGAUACUGCAGUUACCUGCCACAACUGCACUCAUUUCCAAACUGUGGUCAAAGAGAGACUUUGAAUGUCAUAGUUGGUGUAUACAAAGUGUGGUUACUCCAUUUCCUUUAUGAAGGACAUUGCACCUUUUGGACUCAUGCCUGAGAUAUAGAGAGCACUGCUAUGUGUUGGUGUAGGGUGAUAAAAGGAAGGUUGAAAUGUGUCGUUUUCCACUAAAAGCUGAAAAUGCUUCUGUCACAAAAGCAGAAGAACACCAGCUGCCUGCAUUCAACCUUUGACUUGGGGAUCAUUUUAUCUAUUUAAUACUUGGUAUAACUGUUCAUCAAAAUAACAUUUAUUAUGCUGUAAACCAUGCACAGGUGAUGUUCUGCUUACUUCAACAGUUAAGGAAAUUAAAGUCACGUGUGGAGAUGUACUAAAUAACUAGUCUCUUUACCUUCUGACAUACGCUCCUGUAUUCGAUAAAUGACUGUUGUAUUUUCUGUAAGUUAUGUGAGUAAAGAGUUUAGGUUUAGGCACAUGGACGCUCCAAAUGUUGAAAAUCCAUUUAUAUUCCACAGAAGUUAAUUAAACUAAGCUUUAACUCUUUUAGCAUAGUUUUUGCAACUGAGAUGAUUGUUUUAAAUUAACAUCUUUCUGGUGCACAUCCAGCAAAGUUACUGAUAUUUAAAGACAAAAAGUGUCCUUUCAAUGCUAUAGCAAUCGCAUUGCAGAUAAAAGUAUACAUAGCUGCGUGUGAUAACUUCAUACUAAGCUCAAUGUUUCACUGCCCUCUGUGGCUUAAAGCGAGACAAUGUAACGUUAGAAAGAAGACAUUAACGGCCUCUCUUAAUAUAAAAAGUGAAAUUCUUAAUAAAACACUGGUUGAAUUCAAUACAGAUAUUUUGCUGCUACAGCUGUACUUUGUCUGUUAUGACGAGUUGCUUAAGGUGGCGUUCACUGACUUUCCAGUUAUGUUUUAUUCUGUCACAAAUACACAUUUCAGUGGAGUAAACGCACCAGGGAAUUGAAUGUGAUGACAUCAUGGCCGCUGUUCAGCAAAGGCUACAUUGCCUCGUUUUACAGCCUCGAGUUUGUUGCACCUGCAACCACACCCAGCAGUGAUGUCAUAGUGUACUGACAGUACACGUCUACAUCACCGCGAGGUCAGCAAAACCAGGGUAUCCAGCUGCCGAUAAGUUGUUCUUUGGGUCGUAAAGGUGCAUUUUUAGCAAAGACAAGCUGGUUGCUGCAGUUUAAAAAUGUUAUUUAUGUUUCUCACAUUGGAAUAAAUUCUAAUUAUUUUUUUCAUGGUUGUAAACUGUAAAUUUAAUUCUCAUGUACUGGUGAUUGUAUUAUUAAUGUAACAGCAAAAUUCUUUCUUUCCCCAACGGACUGCUGUUACACUCUUUACCAUUACAAUUAUACAAUAUAAAAUUGCUGAAAUAGCAUUUAAUGUUUAAAGCGGUAUUUGCCAAGCUGUAUAAUUAACUGGUGACAAUUUAAAACAAUCUUUUUGGCAAAAACAUGGCCAAGGGUGAAAAUUGUAGCUCCAUUGUAAGCCCAGGCACAAUCUCCAUCUAACUGAACAACCUUAGAACUGAAGUGUAAAACUGGAUGACCGUUACAGAUCAAAGAAAUGUCUUCGGACACUGAGACCGUAUGUUCAACCACUCCUCAUCAUGGUGCGUCCCCCGGGGCUCCUACAUUUUCCUACAAAGUCCUUGCACCUAAAAGCAAUUGGCAAUCUUGAAAGACAAAGCAAUACGGAAACUCAAAGCUGAUGAUACCCAGAGCAACUUUUAGAGCAAUGGUGCUGGGCAAUGUUGGCGUCAAUGGUAAUGAGCAAAAAUUACUACCGCAAUAACGUGUUAAACCUGUUAAUAAUCUGUUCAAAACAUAGUAAGACUUGCCACUACCAAGAUUGCCCAGCAACAUUGCUCAGAAAGUUGCCCCAUGUUUCAUCAGCUCAGCUCUCGGACUUUACGCUACAUCCUGUGAUGGUAACAAAGUAAAUCCAGGAGUUUUUGGAGAUGAAAUAACAAAGAAUGCAGUUUUCUGAAUGUGAAUAGAAAAUCAGAUGGUUGUUGAAGAUUUUUACAGGAAAAAUUUAAAAAUGUAACCAUUGUUUUUCUUGCUUGUUCAGAUGCCACAUUAUGAGAGAAGUUGCUGGUUGCUUCAGACUUUUAGUAUUACUCGGUGAAACCCUUAAACAACUGGCUAAGAGGUAUUUAAUUUGUUUAAGUGAUAAAUAAUCUUAGGUUUCUUUAAGGAGCAAAAGGAAUAAAGCGGGACAUAUUAGUAUGUUCCCUUAUAUUUGUAAAUUAUGCGCUUAAAUUAGAAAAAAUUCCCUCAAAGUGCCCCAAAAAAAAUAAUAAUAAUAUAUACACACACACACACUACGUUUUUGUCAAUAAAUACCAUCAAAAGGCCCAAACCAAACCAACAUGUGUUAGUCUGUUUCUCUUGCUGACUUCCUGACCGGGGCUCUCUGCUCUAAGCCUGUUGGUUCCUACGGAAUAUGUAAAUCUUUUAAAACAGGUAACAAAUAUAUAGUUUCAUCAAAAAGAAAAUAAAAACUUGGCUACUCACUGUUUUUACCAAAUGUUACUCAAACAGAAGGAGUUAUCCUCCUUCAUUCAAUUUGUUCUUUUUCUUUUGACAAUUGCUAAAGACUUCUUGGUUUUAAUACAGUUUUUAAUUUAAUCUUGGUUUUGGCUGCUACUGUAAACACAAUGUUGUGUUAAAACUCAGCUGCAAGGUUCUGGAUUGGUGACAAAGUUUUGCUGCUGUCUAGAAGAGAGCAGGGAAGGGCCAAAUGAAGUCAUUUGAGAGCACAAUUUUGUACAAAUUAUUCAUUUAAAAGGGAUAUGUGUAAUUGAAUCCAUUCAUUAAGCUAUAAGGUGCAGAAGUUGUUGACUGGGAAAAAAUGGAAGAAGAUUUGACAUCUCAGAGCAUUCUAGUAACAUUUUUUAGGAAAGAAAGGUGGUAAACAAACAGCAGCCUUUUGCUUCCUGCUUUCUUUCUUAAGUCUAUGUACUAUGUGAACAAAAUGUAAUAUCUGUGUAUUUCAGUAUAUUUGUGUCACUUUGUGAUGUGGAAUUUAGGAUAUAAACCGCUGACCAGCUUCCCUCUCAUAGCUGUGUGCGCACAGUGGGUGUUCAAUCCUCUGCAUCAUCUCUCAGCAGCUAAUGUGCCGGUUUUUCAGAUUAAGAGUAAAAUAAACUGAUGUUCACUUCA